UGCCACCCUGUGCCCCGCAGCAAUGCCAAGAAGGAAGGGGACCUGCUGUCUGCCCAGGCCCGCCUGAAGGACGUGGAGGCUCUGCUGAACUCCAAGGAGGCUGCGCUGAGCACAGCCCUCAGCGAGAAGAGGAACCUGGAGACCGAAGUCAGGGAGCUGAGGGCACAGGUGGCCAAGCUGGAGAGUGCCCUGGGGGAGGCCAAGAAGCAGCUGCAGGACGAGAUGCUGCGGAGAGUGGAUGCUGAGAACAGGCUGCAGACGCUGAAGGAGGAGCUGGAGUUCCAGAAGAACAUCUACAGCGAGGAGCUGCGGGAGACCAAGCGGCGGCACGAGACGCGGCUGGUGGAGCUGGACAACGGGCGGCAGCGCGAGUUCGAGAGCAAGCUGGCAGAGGCCCUGCAGGAGCUCCGGGGCCAGCACGAGGCCCAGAUCAGGCUCUACAAGGAUGAGCUGGAGAAGACCUACGCUGCCAAGCUGGAGAACGCCAAGCAGUCAGCUGAGAGGAACAGCAACAUGGUAGGAGCUGCCCACGAGGAGCUGCAGCAGACUCGCAUCCGUGUGGACAACCUCUCCUCCGAGGUCAGCCAGCUGCAGAAGCAGCUGGCAGCCAAGGAGGCCAAGCUGCACGACCUGGAGGCUCUGCUGGCCAGGGAGAGGGAGACCAACCGGCACCUGCUGUCCGACAAGGAGAGGGAGAUGGCAGAGAUGAGGGCCAGGAUGCAGCAGCAGCUGGAUGAGUACCAGGAGCUCUUGGACAUCAAACUGGCUCUGGACAUGGAGAUCAAUGCCUACCGCAAGCUGCUGGAGGGAGAGGAGGAGAGGCUGAGGCUGUCCCCGAGCCCUUCCUCCCACAAAGGCUCCUCCAGGAGCCACUUGGCCACCUCUGGCUCCAGCUCCAAGAAGAGGAAGCUGGAGGAGGGCGAGAGCAGGACCAGCUUCUCCCACCACGCCCGCACCAGCGGCCGCGUGGGCGUGGAGGAGGUCGACCUGGAGGGCAAAUUCGUGCGGCUCAGGAACAAGUCCAACGAGGACCAGGCCAUGGGCAAUUGGCAGAUCAGGAGGCAGAACGGGGAGGAGCCUCCCAUCACCUACCGCUUCCCGCCCAAGUUCACGCUCAAGGCUGGCCAGGUGGUGACGAUCUGGGCUUCUGGCGCUGGAGCCACUCACAGCCCCCCCAGCAAUGUGGUGUGGAAGGCACAGAGCAGUUGGGGCUCUGGGGACAGCCUGAGGACAGCACUCAUCAACUCCAACGGCGAGGAGGUGGCCAUGCGGAAGUUGGUUCGCACUGUGAUCAUCAACGAUGAGGAUGAGGAUGAGGAUGAAGAUGACCUCCACCACCGCCACCACCACGGCAGCGCCGGUGACCCUGGCGAGUACAACCUGCGCUCCCGCACGGUCGUGUGCGGCACCUGCGGGCAGCCUGCGGACAAGGCUGGCAGCCAGAACGCGGCCGGCGCCGGCGCCGUCUCCUCAGGCUCCUCCAGCUCCAGCGUCACCAUCACCCGCAGCUACCGCAGCGUGGGCGACUCGGGCAUCGGCCUGGGCGACAGCCUGAUGGGCAGGACCUACCUCCUGGGCACCUCCAGCCCCCGCAAGCAGGCUCAAGCUGUCCAAAACUGCAGCCUGAUGUAACUCCCUGGCACCAGUCCCUGGCACCAGUCCCUGGCACCAGCCCCUGGCACCAGUCCCUGGCACCAUUCCCACUUUUCCUGGGUCAUUUUUCCAGCUGUUUUUUUUUGGGAGCUGUUUUUUUGUUGUUGUUUUUCUUUUCCUUUGUUGUUUCCUUUUUUAAAACCAAAGCAAAAAUAAAUCUUGAGGAGGA